AUGUCAAAUGCACCGGAUCGUUUUGCCCUCUUCAUCCUCGCCGAAGGGGAAAAGCGCGUAGAGGUACAAGAAGAGACGAACAUCGAAAAUGCAGUCACCGUCGUGCUGAACAAGGAGGAUCACACCAUGGGAAAUAUGUUGAGGCACGCCGUCCUCGCCGUUCCCGGUGUUCUCUUUUGCGGUUACAAAGUCCCACAUCCCUUGGAGCCCCGCACAGUCCUCAAGAUCCAAACAGACGGACGACUGACUCCCGUCCAAGCCUUGCGCACCGGCUGCGAGCGUAUCAUUGCCCAGAUCAAUCAGGUGCGCACCUCCUUCCAGACAGAGGUCCAGGUA